UCCGGCGCCGCCAUCGACCGUCGGAGGCCCUUGGUGCUGAAGCUGGGCUGUCUGGGCUGCUGCACCUCCAAGCCGAGUUCCAAGUCUUGUUGCGCCUCCAUUCGGCCGUCCCCCUUUCACGCGUACUCCCCUCUGUCACCUUUCUCUGCGUCGCGUUUUGUACUUCUGCAGCCGCACACUUCCGUUGCCAGCUGUGUCCAUUCGUUUUCUAGCUUUUCUGUACGAUUCACGCUCGUUUACGUCUAUCUAAUUAAUCAUUAUACCCGUGGCGUGUCAACAGCUUCAAAAUAUAUCCUCGAGAUUGCACUCCUCAUUACCCCCCAACCGCCCUCUCCUCCGAUCCGUCCACCACUACAUCAAUCAUGCGUCAAUCCCUCCUGCUCCCCACCAUCCCCCUUCUCUCCCUCCUCCCCACCGCCCUCGCUACCACGUCCUCCAAACGCGGCCUCGUCUAUGUCCCCUCCUCGAAGCACCCGGGCGAUGACAAAAUCUGGGACUCCUCUACCUCCGACUUAACCUGGUACUACAACUACGGCUACACGCCGACCACGUCCUUCAGCAACUCCGACCUCGAGUUCGUCCCCAUGCUCUGGGGCGCCUCCGACGCCGACUCCGGCACCCCCUUCCUCGACGCGGUCAAGGCCCAAAUAAAGUCCGGCACCAACAUCUCCUACGUGCUCGGCUUCAACGAGCCCGACGGGACCGCCGCUACGGGGGGCGCGGGGAUCGCCGCCGACGUGGCCGCGAACGCGUGGAUAAAGCAGAUCGAGCCUCUUAAAAAACUCGGAGUGAAACUGGGCGCACCCGCAACGACAGGGUCGCCCGAUGGCUUCACAUGGCUUACGGAUUUCUUCAAUUUCUGCGAUGGAGGUUGCAAUCCGGAUAUCAUGCCAGUGCAUUGGUACGGGAAUUUCGAGGGCAUGGCGAGCCAUAUCGGGCAGAAGAUGGCGGCGUAUCCUAAUAUGAAGAUUUGGGUUACCGAGUAUGGUUAUCCGGAUCAGGAUUUGGAGACGACGCAGCUAUUUUAUAAUCAAAGUUCGGAGUAUUUUGAUCGUAUGGUGAAUAUCACGCGCUACUCUUACUUUGGGGGUUUCCGGAGCGAUGUCUCGAAUGUUGGGCCGAACGUUGCUAUGCUCACGCAGGAUGGCAAGCUCACGGAUAUCGGGAGCUGGUACCUUGGUGGUGUGGCGACGAAUAAUAAGCCGAAGGGUGCCGCGGGACGGGUGGCUAUCUUUGCUGGUUGGAGUGUCGUUGUUGCGGCGGCGGGACUGUGGACGCUGCUAUAAGUGCACGGGAGCUCAGCUUAUUGUAUCGGGAGUUUGUGUAGAUGGUUGGAAACCUUUGGCACUGGCGUUCCGAGGAGUUUCAAGACCUGACAGGUAUAAUUAUUCAAUCUCGUGCAAUUCAUUCAUCCCAAGACACAUCACACG